UUUUCUUUAGACUUUAUUCGGACUGUGAACUUAAAUUCUGUACAGUCAAAUAUAUUGUACUUUGAGUGUGGUGGAUUCACAUCAGCUGAUAUUAUUCAUGUUGUUCUUUCAUAUGCUCUUUGGAUUUUCUAUAGCAGAUUUGAAAUGUAGAGAAUAUAUAGCACAAGCAGAAGCUACCAAUCAAACAUCACCUGCUGAACCUCUUCCCCUUAUAAUUUCUGGUGACAAGAGUGUAGAUGGAGAAUUUCCUCACAUGGCACACAUAGGAUGUAGGAAAAACGGCUCUGAUGAAUACAAUUGGGCAUGUGGAGGAAGUUUAAUUUCUAAAUUUUUCAUCCUCACGGCAGCUCACUGCACUGACAAUCCCGACAUUGGUGUUCCGGCGUUAAUACUGUUAGGAAGUACUAGCAUUCAUUACCAAAAAAAUACUCAACUAAGAAAUGUGAAAAAAACCAUAAAAUAUCCUACAAGAAAAGGAUAUUACAACGAUAUUGCUCUCAUCAGAAUGGAUCGCCCAGUAGUGUUUGAUAGUUAUGUAAGGCCCGCAUGUCUGAAUACUUGUGAAAAAUGCCAAUUUGAUAAAGUGGUGGCUACAGGAUAUGGAGUUGAAGAUUAUACUUCGACGAAUAUGAGUGAACACUUGUUAAAAACCCACUUGGAGAUUUAUCCAAAUGAAAACUGCUCGAAUAUCCAUGGACAAACAAUAAAGAGAAUUUUGCCUCAAGGUGUUUUAAAAUCUCAACUAUGCGCGGGAAGCACUGAAAGAAACGAUACAUGUCAUGGAGAUUCUGGAGGACCUCUGCAGAUACAGUUAAACACUGAAUUCUACAUGUAUAAAAUAAUUGGUUUAACUUCCUUUGGACUUUUUUGCGGGCAACCCAGUACACCUUCCUUCUACACCAGGAUAUCGUAUUAUGUGAGAUGGAUUGAGAACAUCGUAUGGUGAAAUCACUUAAAAUUUUAGUUUUGUUUAUUUUCUUUAUGCUCACGAAGUGUAAUGUUAUUGAUUUCAAUGAAAUAAACAACACUCUUGAAGAAAA